AUUAGGGAUGCAAUUGUAAUGAUUUGGAAAAAUCAAUGAAUAUAUUAUAAAAUUAGUUGAAAUUAAAAAGAGAGAGUAGUUUAUAAGAAAAAAGAAGAGUUAGAGUAGAGAGGUGGCGAGAGAUGAUGAAAUUGGAGGAGGAAGCAGCAGCUGGAAAAUCAAACGGAUCAGCUUCAAGCCUUAGAUUGUCUUCUCUCUUAGCCUCCGCAGAUCGGGAUUUUCUUCUUUCCUCCGACGGAACUCAGCAGGUGAAAGUUUCUGAACUUGAAGGGAAAGUGAUAGGCUUAUACUUUUCAGCUAACUGGUACCUGCCAUGUAAGAAUUUCAAUGAGAUGCUAGUUGAAACAUAUGAGCAGUUGAAGAGAAACGACUCGAAUUUUGAGGUUGUCUUUGUAUCAUCCGAUGAGAAUUUGAAUGCGUUCGAUAACUAUCGAGCACCGAUGCCAUGGCUUUCAAUUCCAUUUUCUGAUUUGGAGACGAAGAAGGCGUUAGACCGUAAAUACAACAUUGAAAGUAUUCCUUGUUUAGUUGUUUUGCAACCAAAUGAUAAUAAAGAUGAGGAGGCGACACUGCACAAUGGAGUUGAUAUGCUUUAUCGAUUCGGUGUCCAAGCCUUUCCAUUUACUAAAGAGAGACUAGUGGAGUUGAAAUUGCAAGAACAAGAGAAACAUGAUACUCAGACUUUAACAAAUUUACUAACAAAUCAUGAUAGAGACUAUCUUUUGGCUCAUCCUGCACCGAAACAGGUGCCGGUUGCUUCACUGACGGGUAAAACAAUCGGACUAUUCUUCACAGCCAACUGGUGUCGUCCAGGUGUGAAGUUUACUCCCAAGCUAAUUUCUAUCUACCAUAAGAUUCAACAGACGCUAAUGGAGAAGAACAAGGAGGAGUUUGAGAUUGUGUUUGUGUCGAGUGAUCGAGAUCAAGAAGAAUUUAACGCCUCUUUCAAUAGCAUGCCAUGGUUGGCAUUGCCUUUUGGAGAUCCUACAAUCAAAAACUUAGCUAAGCAUUUCUAUGUGCAGGGUAUCCCUUGUUUGAUAAUUAUUGGACCCGAUGGUAAAACCAUUACCAAGAAUGGGAGAAACCUAAUAAACUUGUAUAAGGAAAAUGCAUACCCUUUUACUGAAGCAAAAGUGGAGUUGCUAGAGAAACAGAUGGAUGAAGAGGCUAAAAACUUGCCUAGAUCAGAGUACCAUGCUGGACAUAGGCAUGAGCUGAAUUUGGUAUCGGAAGGAAGUGGUGGAGGGCCAUUUAUUUGUUGUGAUUGCGAUGAGCAAGGGUCUGGUUGGGUUUACCAAUGUCUUGAAUGUGGCUAUGAGGUGCACCCCAGGUGUGUGAGGGUUGUGAACCCUGGCUCAACCGGCGUGUGACAGAUGAAUAAGCUUUCAGGUCAAUUCAGCUACUCAAAGGGUGCUAAUUGAACUCUUAUGCUAAUUAUAGUGUGUAUAUGUGUUCAUGCCUUGGACUGUCAUCUGCAUGAUAUCAUAAUUUAGUUGCAAGGUGAAAACUUAUUGAUCUUUUCAUGUUUUCUUAAUAUUACAUCAUUACAACAAACUUAAUUUGUA